GACUACUUCCUGAAGGAUUACAGACACAUUUGUGGAUUGUCUGUCCGCCAAGUGGACAUCUUCCCUUGUCAUUGUCAUUUGAGUCACUUUAGACAUCAUGGCCAGGGCACAGAUUGAGCGCUGGGCUGCGGAGCACCCUUCUGCUCCCCGGAUUGGCAAGUUCUUCGAGGUCCCGAACAGCUGGGUCCUGCCCCGCGUUGCUGCCGGCCUUGCUGCCGCGGGCUUCCUCUGCUGGGUGAACGCUGAGUACCUGUGGCUCCAGAAGCCGGAGAGCUACACCCCUGAGUUCCAGGCGGAGCAGAAGAAGAUUGGCGAGGUCGCGCAACGCAUUAACGCUUCGCCGGUCUACCUGAACCCCUUCACGAACCGGAUACCCGGCAGCAUUCUGGGCCCCGAGGACGUCAAGGACGCCUAAAGCAGCCAUGUGGGCUUCAUAAUGCGCACUUGUGCUGUGGAACAAGCCUUCAAAGUGGCGGGCCGCGAGCACUGGCGCCUGGCUUAUACCCUUUUGUACAUGCGAACAGUGAAUGUUUGCUGGUGUGUAGACGUAGUUGUUCGAACAUUGCUGUUCUGGUCUGGUGAAAGUGGGUGCGUCGGAGGGAUAGCGUAGGCGUGCGUCGAAACCCAACGGUGUGAGGCUUCGCCAACGUGUAGUUGACCGCUUCUCUUCUCGGGUCCCGCGCGCGUAAAUGU